UAUCCAGCCAAUCAUGAGUUAGCGCUGAAAUGACGUAAGGACGCUAAAGAUGGCGUCGGAUUCAAACGGUUCCCGGUUGACUGUUGCCGGUGAUUGAAUUCGGCUCAGAGGUGGAGCUAUGCAGACCGAACCAGCAGAGCGGAGGAGACAGCCUGGCCGGAGCAGGCGAGGGGGGAGCGGGCCGGGCCGAGCGGAGAUGCGGGGGGGGACGCAACCGGGAGCCGCCGUCAGCUCUGCCAGGAGCUCCGAGGAGGAGAUAGCGAGGUUGAAAGAGUUCAUCGCCGCUAUGCAGCAGGAAGAGAAGCUGACAGGAGACAUGGGAGGAAGAGCAGAGAGGAAAAGAGAGGGUGAUGAGGAGGAGGGGGAGCGAGAGAGAGAGAGAGGGAGGCACAUGAGCCGAGGAGAUGGGGGGAGGAGGAGAGGAGGAGGAGGAGGGAGGAGGGCGACGUCAGAAGGGGGUACAGGCAGUGAGGAGUCGGGGAGGCUGAGGUGGAGAGUCAGUCAGCUGGAGAAAGAAAAGGUGGAGCUGACGUCCGGCCACAACAAGGAGCUAUGUAGGCUGCAGGCGGAGCUGACCCGGCUGAGGUCAUCAGUGGAGCGAGGGAAAGCUCAGAGGGUGGAGCUUCAGUAUCAGCUGACUGUGAGUCAGAGAGACGUCGACCAAGUCGCCAAGCUCGGCAGAGACAAACAGGCGCUCACAGAGCGAGCAGCGGAGCUCCAGCAGACAGUUCAGGAGCUGCAGAAAGCUCUGGACAUCACCCGGAAGGCCAGAGAGGAGGACCAGCAUGCUUUGCAGCAGGACGUGGAGGAGCGAGACAAGCUGAUUCAGAGCUUCAGCUCUGAGAACCAACGACUGCACCGACUGCUGCAGGAUCAGGAGGAGGCUCUGGAGGAGGCGGAGAGGAGGAUGACCGAGGUGCAGAAGGAGAGCGAGAAGGAGGCCGAAGUGAACAGACGACAAGCUAACGAGCUAAAGUACCUGACGGAGAGAGAGGAGCAGAGCAGGAGAGAGAAGGAGGUGUCAGAUCAGAGGGUGAAGUCUCUGCAGUCGAGCAUCGAGGCGGAACGAGCAGCUCACCUGGAGUCCAAGUUCAACUCUGAGAUCAUCCAGCUGCGGGUUCGGGACCUGGAGGCGGCGGUGGCGGUGGAGCGGUCCGGCCAGCAGGAGGCGCAGUGCAGCCUGGAGCUGCUGAGAGCUCAGUUCAGAGAGGUGGAGCGAGCAUACGGCCUGGAGAGAGAGAGGAGUGGCAGCACUGAGCGCGCUCAGGAGCGGUUGCAUAAAGAGUUCGAGCAGUGCAAGUCUGACCUGAGCGUUGCCUUGGAAACCGAGAGGAAGACGACCUCUGACCUCACGGAACAGCUGGAGGAGGAGAAGAGACGACACGCCGACACACACUCACAGCUGGAGCAGGUUGCUAAGAGACAGUCUGACACCGAGGAGACGUUUGUGAGCUGCGUGACGCAGAUCAGAGAAACUCUCCAACAACACGGCAGCAGCGGCUGUAGUCCUGCUGCAAAGCAUCAUGGGAACGAGAGUCUUUCCGCUGAAGUCCUGCAGCUGUUGAAGACGACACUCUGCGUUUACCGACACAGACUGGAAGAGACCGACAAACAGGUUCAGGAUCUGCUGCUUGCGUCAGAGAGACUGGAGGAGGAGAACCAGAGUCUGAAACGGCUGACCUCAGAUCAGAGCAGACAGAUUGAGGAGUCUCAGCAGGCGUCGGUCAAACUGCAGGAGGAAACGGCUCGGCUGCGCCAGGAGAGCUCCGAUUGGUCGACGCAAAGCCGAGGUCUGCAGGCCGAGCUGGAGAAGGAGAGGGAGGAGAGGGAGAGAGAGAGGGAGAGAGAGAGGGAAGAGAGGGAGAGAGAGAGGGAGAGAGAGUCUCAGGUACGCCUGUCCUUCCUCUACCGUCUGUACCAGCGUCUCCUCGCCGGCUGCGUCCUCCUCGAUCAGCCCCAGAGCCUCCUGGGUAAUUUUACCUGGAAGGAGCUGUGUGACGUCAUCAACGAGCAGGUCGACCAGCUGACCUCUGACCUCCGGAAGGCCAACAACAAGAUCACUCACCUGCAGAGUGUGUGCGAGCAGAAGAGCGUGUGCGUGCGCGAGCUGCAGCGCAGUCAGCAGUGUGUGUUGUCUCGUCUGGAGGAGAGCGUGAGGAGGAGGGAGGAGGCCUGGAGCAGCCAACACACACACGCUGUGACACAGCUGCAGAACGAGCUGCAGCUGUGUCGCUCUCAGUGCGAAUCUCUCCGUGACCACGUCUCCUCCCUGGAGCGUCACCGUUCCUCUCUGACCUCUGACCUCUCCCGCCUCCAGAGCCUCCUCUCCCGAGGCCGCAGGGAGUCUGCCUCCUUCCUGUCGGCGUGCGCCCUGCUGGCCGGAGCGUUGGCUCACACUCACCAGCGUCUGCAAGAGCUCUGCGAGCAGAAGAGACUCUUGUCCAGGCGCCUGGCGGAGAGGGAGGAGCUGGAGGAGGAGGUGAGGAGGCUGGCCGGCGCUCUGGGAGGUGAGGAGGGAGGCGAGGAGGAGGAGAAGGAGGAAAGAGGACGGAGGAGGAGAAGGGCGGUGAGGCGGUGGAGGAGGAGUGUGUGUGUGGUGUUGGCGGUGAGGAGGUGGCGUGCGUUCGCCAACAAGACGGCGGUGUUGUUUCGGCUGGAGAGAGGUGACGGCGGUCCGGCUGUGUGUGUCUGCGUCUGUGGAAAUAAAGCUACGGCAACACAGAAGGGACAAGAUGUACGGAGCAGAGAUAAAGAUGAUGAUGGUGAUGAAGGUCGUGAGGGUGUGUGUGCUCGCUGGCUUCGCUCCAAACGUCUCUCCUCCGCCGUUCUGUCCUCCAUGUCUGAGCUGCAGGGGGCGCUAGCACACACUGGCUCCUCCCCUUCAGACGUGAUGUCAGCAGCUCGUUCUGGUUUGUCCCGCCUCCUGGAUCACCUUCUCAACCAAGACAGACGGGACGCUGCGUCCCGUCUGUCUUGCAGCGGAGCGGACGAGGACACGCUGACGGGUCGGCUGAGACUCGGCCUGAACAGACUGACGCCUCCGCAGACCAACAUGAAGGCUCUGGUGUCCAGCCUGCAGCAGCACUUCCUGCUCUUCAGCCAACGGCUGCACUCGGCCGAGGUGGAGAGGCGGAGCCUGAGGCUGGAGGUGUCCAAUCUGAAGAGAGCAGGACGGCGGGAGAGAGAGGUUCCAGCCGAGCGUUUCCACAGCGUUUGUUCGGAGCUCCGUCAGGCUCUGAGCAGAGAGCAGGAAGCACAGACGCUCAUUCAGGAACAGUCGGCUCAGCUGCAAACACUGCAGCUCCGAGUCAACACACACUCCACCGAGCAGACGGACACACAACACACACUCAGCCAGACCGCACAGUGUCUGUCGGAGGCUCGACAGGAGGUGAGUCGGAAAGAGCGCUCGCUGAGGACUCUGGGUAAGCACCUGUCGGGGGUUCAGAGGGAGAGGAAGCAGCUGGAGGAGAGACUGCAGCAAGCCGAGGACGAGCUGAGGGACGCCGCCAGACGUAAAGAUUGUCUGAUCGGCUACAUGAACGCUGCAGAGAGGAGCUACAAGGAGGUCAGAGAAAGUCUCAUCCAAUCACGUCACUCGCUGUCAGCUCAGCCCCGCCCCCUGCCGUUGCCCCAGGAACACCUGGAGACAAAUGGAGCAGAGAGCAUCAUGGGAGCUCCUGAGGUGGCGGCGUGUCAGACUCUUCUCUCCACCUUCGCUCAGCUCUAUCAGACCUGCAGCUCCCGGAUCGUCCGGUUGGAGCAGGAAGUCUCCGCCCACCGCAGUCAUGUGACCGCGCUGCGCAGCGAGCUGCAGGACGCCUGUCUCCGUGACAACCUCGCCUACGUCCCUGUGGAUGAGUUUCCUGAAACGCCCCCGCCCGCUGAUGUAGACGCUCCUCGACCCGUUCCCCUCUCUGAUUUGUUGAAGGAGCCGCCUGUCAGUUUAAAGAUAAACCCCGCCCCUUCCUCUCCACUCCACAAACCCACCAGGACCAAAAUGAAGGAGAAGAAAGCCGUGAAGACGAACAGAGGACACGUGAAGAGCGGAGGGAGGAAGUAGACGGACAGUUUGUGCUGUCGGGACUUUUUACUGAUGAUUGUAAAAACUACAAACUGCAGAGAAGGAUCAGUUUCAAGAUGUUUUUGUUUUGGAAAGUUGUGAAAACUCUUCAACUUGACAUGAAACACAAGAGAAGUCCUCCAUCAGCAAACAUCCAGACAAUCAAAACUUUUAUUUAUACGAGUUAUCAGCUGUAGAGAAGAAUCAGAGUUUUAUAUAAUGUAGGUUUUUUCAACAUGUUUUUUUCUUUUCCUUUUUAUGUUUCACACACACACACACACACACACACACACACACACACACACACACACACACACACACAGCUGGUUGGUGACAGACGUCUGAAGGCCAUAUGGUCGUCUGUUAUGACAGGGACUGUGUGUGUGUGUGUGACAGAUCAGCAGCUGGUUACUGUAUGAGUUGAGUUUACCUUCAGUAAAACAUUUCUGCUCUUUUA